GUGUAAGAGCUCGACGGGUUGAGUCACGCGCUGGCACAGCUAUCAGCGCAUCCGAAGCUGUAGUUAAACGACUACGAGGCUAUUAUGAUAAGGCACUUUGAAAUCAAAUACAGCAAACUGCGCUUCGAUGUUUUCCUUCGCUCAUAUGUCCACCGUGAUCCCAACGCCUGUGAUCCCAACGAUUAAAACUGCACGUAUUUACAGGGACGGGGUUGACAUUAUCCCUCCUCACCCAGGCAGCGAUUGGACUCGCUUCGUCUGCAUCUCAGAUACCCACUCUCGCACCUUUCGCAUACCCACCGGUGACGUUCUGCUGCAUGCUGGUGACCUGAGUAGCUGGGGUAGCCUUUCGCAAUUGAUUAUCACAGUCGAAUGGUUGAAAUCAUUGGAUCACCCCGUGAAAAUCAUGAUCGCAGGAAAUCAUGACCUUUGUCUUGAUAAGAAGUGGGCUCAGCCAAUAUAUGGCCUCCUACCAGAAGAGGUCCAACAAGCACGGACCUAUGUACGGAGUCAAGCGGCAGCAGGUCUACACUACAUCGAACACGAACCCUUUCGAUUCAUGUUACCUUCGGGGCGCGAAUGGAAGGUCUAUGGAUCACCAGCUGCUCCAUUAUACGCUCAAGGAUCAUUUCAGUACGAGACUACAGAUGAGGCACGAGUGAUUUAUAACCGUAUACCUAAAGAUACGGAUAUCUUGAUCACACAUACGCCUCCUUUCAUGACUUUGGACACAACAAGUAAGGGCAAGCACGCUGGAUGCCAUGUCCUGUCGAACAAAUUAGCGGAACUGCGGAACUGCCGGCUGCAUGUCUUUGGCCACAUCCACGAAUGUGCUGGAGCGCAAAUCAACACUGAUGACCCAUUCAGACUGGUCGACUGCGUGUCCGUGAAUGCAGCCAUGGCCGUGACGAAGAAAGCGAUCGUUGUAGACCUACUGAACUGGUGAAACCCCCUGCAUUACAAAUAUCAUGUACACUUAGUAUACAUAGGACAAAGUAUAAGAAUCGCACAUGUCAAACAGCCACCUUGCCCUUCUUUGCUAUCUUGAUACCCAACUUAUUCUUCAAGUCUGAUUUCGGCUUCUUCGCUGGUGGUGCACCAAGUGAUUUGGCACCCAGCACCACUCGUGUCGAUUCUGGAAGGAGACUGCGUAAAUCGGGCUCGACAUCAUCCGCCUUUCGCUUGACAGUGACCAGUUGUGGCGAGGUGGUUUCUGUGGGUG